AUGAGCCGUGGGGGCGAGGGGCUGCGCUGGGUGCUGCCCAGCCUGUGCGCCUCCUUCCACGUCAGCUCCCUCGUGUGUCUCAGUGCCCUCUUCUUCUCCUUCCCGUGCGGCUGGCUGGCUGUCCACGUCUCCUUGGCCUUCCCCGUUGUGGCUGGCAUCCUCUUCCUCCCCACCCUGGCCAACCUGUUGCUGGCCAGCUUCAUGGACCCCGGGAUCCUGCCCCGAGGGGCCAAGGGCCGGACCAGGCUGGUGAUCCAGGUGCUCCAUGACAAGGACAGACGCUUCGGUCCACGCUGGUGCCACAAGUGCCACUGCUACUGCCCGCCACAGAGCUUCCACUGCCCCUCCUGCAACGUCUGCGUGGAGGGCUUUGACCACCACUGCUACUGGCUGAACAACUGCGUGGGCCGUGGUAACGCCCGCUGCUUCUCCCUCUUCGUGGCCUUUCUGUGUGGCUACAACGCGCUGGUGCUGGCCUCCUGCAUCGCCUACCUGGUGCUCAGCUCUGGCCAGGCCCUCAGCACCGAGAAAGCUUGCGCCAUCGUGGUGACCGUCCCUGCCGCCUUCUACCUGCUUCCCCUCCUGGCCCUGGCGAGCUCCCGCGCCAGAUUGCACGCAUGGGCCAAGCGCACCCACAGGCUCAAGGCUGGCGUGGAGGUACCCAGCUGGAGGCCAUGGCAAGAGGCUAGGGCAAAGGUGGCCGUCACAGGCCUGGACUUGUUUGCCCCUCUGAUGACGGCGGACGGAGAUGGACGUGGCCACUGGAAAUCCCAAAUAGCCUUCAACAGCCGAGAGGGCUCCCCCACCGCCUCCCUCCUGUCCCGGUCUGAUAUCUAG